GUGUCCGAACCCAGCGACAGCGGACCUACUCCGAACGACGAUGGCCAAGCCUCGACACCCACAAGCUCGACAAUCAGCACACCGCGCGCAACGAUGACAAAAAUUGGUAAAAAGAAGAGCGGCAGAGGUAUUCCGAAAUCGAAAAGGGUUCGAACCGGCUGCUUGACUUGUCGCGAGCGCCAUCUGAAAUGCGACGAGGCACUGGGCAAGUGCCAGAAUUGUCGGAAGUCCAACAGGGUAUGCAGGCGCGGGAUACGUCUUAACUUUAUAGAUACGCAGACAGUUGCGCCUCCAUACUAUGCGAUUCGGAAAGCGGGCACGCGGUUGAUGUUUCGGGAUGAGUCGAGGCAUAUUGCGUCGGAGUAUGUGGGAGGUUUUGAAAGAUAUCCCUCCCCGGAACUAGAUCUGCCGUUGGAAAAACAAGGUCCUGUGGGGUUUGGGUUGUCGGGUACUAUGAGUCCGCCUUUGCAGAGUACUCGUUCCUUCGUCUCACCAUUGGAGCCCUCGCAGUUGGAAGCGAUUGAUGCUAUGCUCAAUGGCUCUCCUCAGGCGUUGUUCUCCGUCUUUCCUGAACAGGAAGUGCCACUCGUUCCCUCGACGAGACAGAUGAUGGUAAACCCAGAUUCUAGACCUCUCAGUCGUCGAGAGGAGAUUCAUCUUGUACGGACAUUUACAGAAGAGAUUGGGCUGUGGCUGGACUCUAUGGAUGCGUCAAAAUACUUUACGCAUAUUCUGCCGUUCCGUAUCCUAGAUGAGCCCAUGCUUCUGAAGGCCGUCAUGGCAUGCGGAGCACAUCUCCACCCCAUGAGUUCCCCGAAUGGCGAAGACAGAGCUUCGUACUUCUACUUUGCGGCAACCCAAGACCUCCUCAGUCAUUUGCAAAAUCCGGAUCGUGACUCGACUCUCUGUGCCGCGACUGCCACUGUCCUAGGAAUGUACGAAGUAAUGUCCUCAAGGGAUGUCCACGGCCUAAAUCAUGUCGCUGGUGCCAGGGCUCUGAUCAGAGAAUGCCACUGGGAUGCAAGAUCUCCCGGGCUCGGAGGAGCAUGUUUCUGGCUUAGCGUGAUGAUGGAAUCAUUCACCUGUCUACGUUUUAACUGGUCUCUGGCCUGGGAUCCCGACACAUGGGACAUAGACAUGAAUAUGGACGAAACACGAUCCCAUGCUAUUAAUGGCGAAGAAAUGUGGACUCAUCGUAUUGUCUAUAUAUGCGCGAAGCUGGUCAAUUUCCGGUCGUCUGGCUCACAGUUCCAAGACAUGGACCAUGGAGCGACUGAAAUGCGGUUUCAGGAAUGGGAUAUUUACAAUAAAUGGUGUGAUCAAUGGGAAAAGGCUGUACCGCGGUCUAUGAUGCCUCUUGGACAUCUCGAUCCAUGGCAGGGUAUUCCUAAAUCAGCCUUUCCGGAGAUUUGGUUAAUCAACCAGACGGCCAUUCUCGCGCGGCUGCUCUAUCUCACCGCGCGGCUUUUGCUGUGUAAAACGCAUCCAUUCGAAUUGGAGUAUAGUCCAGAGAUGCGCAAUAUACAGCAAGGUCAUGCGCAUGAGAUCUGCGGCAUUGUUGCGCAUAUCAAGGACCGCGGUAUUGCCAGCCUUGCGAUCCGAUUUCUCUCCUUCGCCGUUGAAUGUCUCGCCACAAGAGAAGCCCAGGAAGAAGCACUACAGAUCCUCGACCGUCUGCUCAACGAAACCGGUUGGCAAUCUGAUACAAUCAAACAAGAACUCCAGGGAGCAUGGGCCUGGACCAGUCAGCAGAUACCCACCUCUACAAAUCCCGCUUCGCUGAUGAAUGAGCAUCCCAUGCUGGAUUCGACUAUACAUUAUCCCGCGCAACCCAGAAUGCCGCCGGGGGUGAUUAACCCUACCAUGAUCACUGCGGAUUUCUCCAUGGAAAACCAUCCAUAUCGGAACUUUUAUAUCCCUCCGCACUCGCAGCAUUUUAUUGAUGAGUUUCAAUUUGGGGCCUUUUAGACAUCGUACAUGGGGCAUAUAUAUAGGGCGUUAUGUUUUGCGAUUGUUUUGUCUAUGAUACCACUAUGUCUCGUCCAUCUUCCUUGGUUCUAGAGCUAGAAAUUUGUUUUCCUUUUUUUUGGUUCGGCACUUGUGCAUCGACAGACGCCCGGAUGAGCUCCAGGGCUCCAAAACAAAAAUAAAUAAAUAAAAAAAGAAAAAAAAAGUGAUCAAUCGUG